CCGGCCAUAUUGGACUCUGAAGUCUGAAGGUAUUGAGUGACUGAUUUUUUGGACAGUGUAUCUUUCCUUUCAAGGCAGCGGUUUCAGGCAAGCUUUCCUAGUAGAUCAACUAAGCCCCCGCCUCCUUUAAGACGGCAGGUUGUCUUUGAUCAUAGGGAGAAAGAUGAGUCCGACCGACGCGAAACGAGGAGCAAAGCGCAGGAAGAACAAGCGGGGCGGUGGCAGCAGUAGCUGCAGUAGUGCAGUUUGUAGCAGUGGCAAGGCCGGGGCUUCAACUGCGGUUAGGAGUCAGCAGACAACUGGAGCAUCAGCCGCGGCCAUGAGCCUGUUGACGGCCGGGAACUCUGGAAACAGCAACACCGGCAGCAUCACAGGCCUCCACGGAGAGGUUUCUUUAAAUGGUACACAGUUUUCUGAUAGGCCUAUGAAUUCUGAGUUUACAGGAGUCCCACAGACCCCUUUUACCUUUGGCUUGAGUCAGAGGGUACCCUAUCCAACAGGAGAGCGCUGUUUUCUGUGUAGAAGUGAACGUAAAGAGAACUUGUUUUCAGAAAGUGGGACUUACACGUCAAACAAAAUAGCACUUUCUACAUCUCCAAAAACAAACAGCAUGCUGCAGUUACCUCUGUGGGUUUGUCCAGACUGUCGCUGUACAGUGGAGAAGGAGGAACGGCACGCUGAAUUAGAGCAGUCUCUAGUGAACCAGGACUACUACUUGCACAUGCCGCUUGGUAACAGUGGAUCACCACAGGAAUCUGUGGGAGGAGGGAGGUUAACUGUUGGAGCACAAACAGUAACAAAUCCAGAUCUCAACACUCCUGGAUCCACAGAUACCCUAUGUAGCUGUGAAGCGUGCAAUGAACACAGGGAAAUUUCAGCAGAGUCUGAAAGAGAGCCUCAGCAGCUUCAAAAUUACUGGUCUGAAGUACGUUACAUGGUUAGAUGUAUUUACCGGCAGACUGGAACACCACUAGGAGAUGACCAGGAACAGUCUCUGGUGCCAGAUAAGGAAGGAAUGAAGGAACUGGUAGACAGACUUUGUGAAAAAGAUCCCUACCAGCUCUAUCAGCGGUUAGAGCAGCAGGCCAGAGAGUACGUGCUUGAAAUGAAGGUACGUCUGCUCAGGCAUCUGUCUAUGGGAUCUAAAGUGGCAUCGGCAGCGCAAGGCCCUCCACAAGCACAUCAGUUCAUCUCUCUCCUCCUGGAGGAAUACAGUGCACUCUGUCAGGCAGCACACACAAUCAGCACUUUCCUGGUCACACUGGAAAAUGAACAUUUAAAGAAAUUCCAGGUGACGUGGGAAUUGCACAACAAGCACCUUUUUGAAAAUCUUGUAUUUUCUGAGCCACUUUUAAACAACUGUUUACCCACCCUGGUAGCACAGUUAAGGCUAGGAAUGGCAUCUCACGACUCGUACAGUGAAGAUAUGUACAGUACCCUUCUUCAGAGUUACCAUCAGCUUGAUCAGGAAAUGAAUUUAGUCUCUGUUGAGUGGCUAGAAUGCGAAAAGCGAAUAGAUGAUUAUGUUGAUGAACAGAUGGCAUUGAAAACAAAGCAACGCAUGCUGAAGGAAGACUGGGAGUUCUUUAAACAAAGAAGGUUUAUUGAAGAACAGUUAACAAACAGCAAGAAAUCACUUACAGGGGACAACAAUUUCACAGAGACAAUGAGACAUAUGCUUUCAUCUAGACUGAGCAUGUCUGACUGCCCGAACUGUAACUAUAGACGUAGGUGUACCUGUGAUGACUGUAGCCUUUCACAUAUUCUGACCUGUGGCAUUAUGGAUUCUCCAAUAACCGAUGGCCUUCAUAUAAACCAGUUACCACUGCAAGUGGAGUCUGCUCCUGACUACCUCUCUGAAAUACGCCCACCCAGCAUGUCAUCGGCUAGCUCAGGGUCAGGCUCCAGCUCUCCCAUAACCAUACAGCAGCACCCCAGACUCAUCCUGACAGACAGUGGUUCAGCCCCCACCUUCUGUAGUGAUGAUGAUGAUGGUGAUGAUGAUGACGAUGAUUAUGAUGAUGAUGUGCCACCGCUAUCAGCGAAGUUUGCAGAUAUAUACUCAAUGAAUAACUAUGACGAUGCUGAGGUUGUGGCCAAUAUGAAUGGAAUGCAUGGCGAACUGAAUGGUGGGGGCGAAAACAUGGCACUAAAAGAUGAGUCUCCACAAGUAAGCAGUACAAGCAGCAGCUCCUCGGAAGCUGAUGAUGAUGAAGCUGAUGGGGAGAGCAGCGGGGAUCCUCCUGGAACUCACCCUGGAAAAAGAGCUCUAAUGAAGGGUGAUUUAGAGAGGGACAGUCCUCCACCGUCUUAUCCAACUCAACAGGUUGAUCAGGUUCAGCAUGCUUGUGAAUGUCAUGUUUGUAAGCAAGAAGCAGCUGGACUAAAUGCAGCAGCACUUUCAACUGGACGACUUCCUUCUGGCCACCAGUUCUUAACAAAGAAAACUUCUCACCCUGCUCUGCACCUAUACCCACACAUCCAUGGGCACCUGCCACUACACAACAUGUCCCACCUACCCAGGCCUCUUCUCCACCCCACUCUCUAUUCAAGUCCACCCUUUUCACACAAUAAGACACUUCCUUCAGCCCCGACAUCUAACCAUACAGGUAAACAUCAGGUAUUCAAUGCUUCCCUUCAGGACCAUAUCUACCAGAACUGCUUUGGGAACACCACAGACUGGAACAGUUCUUUACCCCCAUCUCUUAAAUUUGAAAACUUGUGGGAAUCCACUGUUAUGAAAAACUGGAACCCUGCCAUUUUUCUACAGGAACCACAGUCAGGUGAUAUGUUGGGCCCUGCUGUCCCAGAAAUUAGACCAGACACACUUCCACCUUCAUCCAGUACAGAAACCACAUCCACCACAGAAACCAAGGAAAAAAAGAACACAGCCAAGAAGAAAUGUCUCUACAAUUUCCAGGAUGCCUUUAUGGAACCAAACAAAGUUGUCAUGGCCACCUCUUCAGCCACCUCAUCGGUUUCCUGCACAGCUACUACUGUCCAGUCAAGUAAUAAUCAGAUCAAACUUUCAUCUAAAAGACCCACUUCCCUAGGCGAAGUAUUCCACAAUAUAGGCAAAGAGGACCACAUACACCCCACUCCAACUGCACCUAGAAAUAGCCCCACAGGUUUAGCAUCACUUCCAUCGCCAACCUCUACACCACUGUCUCCUGUCUCUGCACCUCAUCUACCCAAUCUCGCAACUCAGCAUUUCCCAAAUAUUGCUGCUACAGCAUCUGGGUUUAUGGAUCCUCACCAAGGACUUUGCCCCACGACUGUUGUACUCCCUGCUGCUACGACAGAAAACUCUGUGAGCGCGCCACCUAGUGUUUGCAGUGACCCAGAUUGUGAGGGUCAUCGCUGUGAAAGCAAUAAUGUGUAUGACCAUCAGCAGUAUGAUGGGGAGGAAAGCCAGGAUGAGGACAGUUGUUCAGAACAUAGUUCUAGCACCUCCACCUCCACCAAUCAAAAAGAAGGAAAAUACUGUGACUGCUGCUACUGUGAAUUCUUUGGUCAUGGUGGGCCUCCAGCUGCACCAACCAGUAGAAACUAUGCAGAAAUGCGUGAGAAGCUGCGCUUGCGUCUAACAAAGAGGAAGGAGGAACAGCCAAAGAAAGACGAUCCACUGAGCGACAGAGAGAGUGUUGAAGACCACCGGAAAGUGGAAGAUCUGUUACAGUUCAUAAACAGCUCAGAGUCCAAACCAGUUAACAGCUCCCGGGCAGCAAAAAGGGCACGGCACAAACAAAAAAAGAUGGAGGAAAAAGCACGUCUUGAGGCAGAGGCUUUGGAGAAGGAGCAGCAGCAGAUGCUUGAAGAGAAAAGGCGGCGGGAGGAGGAGGAGAGACUCAAACAAGAGCUUCAACGGCUUCAAGAACAUCAGCUACUCCGAGCUGCCAAGAAAAAGAAAAAAGAUAAAAUGAGAGAGGCUCUCAAAACAGACCCUGUUCUUCAAAACCCUCAGCCCUUAAAGGAGACUGCUCAGAAUGCAUUAGUAACCCUUCAGAAUGGUAAGCUGGAGUCGUGGGACAAAAUAAUUAAUUCACCCUGUUCACCCAUUAGACCAGCAUUUAAUAAAGAGCAAAGAACAAUGCCUGAACCUUUUGUGACAAAGCAGAAUUUGGGGAAUGAGAAAGACUUUAAGCAGCCGCAGCUACCGCAGAGCCAGAAAGAGGGAAAAGCAAAGCAGCCGGAGAUGCCUGUACCUCAUCACACUGUAAUGCAGAGAGAGGUUAAUAGCAAGCCAAAGCUGAAACAGCAGCUUAGCAAACUGGUCACAGAGAUGGGAAAACAGCCAGCUGAAGCAACUAAGGUCACAGAGAUCCAGCUGAAGACCACUAUCAAGUUCCAGGUAGAAUCGAAGCACAAGCCAGCUGAAGAUCUACCUGGCCAGGAACUGAAGAAGGAAGAAAAGGUCAAUGUUACAAAUGGAAAGAAGCAAUUAAAUCAUAUAAAGGAGCACAAGGCCACGGUAACUAUUGGAUCGGCACCUGAACAGCAGCAGAAUAACAAGCUUAACACAGCUGAAUCUCCUCAGCCCAAAGGAAAGACCAAGAAAAAUAAAAAGAAGAAAGGAGAUAAGCUAAACAAUCCCAUCGAUGAUGUGUUCUUACCAAAAGACAUUGACCUAGACAGUGUAGAAAUGGAUGAGACUGAGCGGGAAGUUGAGUAUUUUAAAAGGUUUUGCUUGGACUCUACUAGACAGACCAGACAGCGGCUUUCCAUCAACUGGUCAAACUUUAGCCUGAAGAAAGCCACCUUUGUUGCACACUGACAGCAUACAAAGACUUUGCAGAAACCAAUCAACGAUGACUCUGCUGACUCAGUCCUGCUGUGCUAAAAGCUCCUAUGGCGUAAGCCAUUGCUGCCUUGCCUUGUCCUUGUUGCUGCAUGGUUCUGUGAAGAACCCUUUUGCCUAUUAGUCUUGCAAAACUGAAAAAAACAAACAAAACAAAAAGCUACUUUCUACCUGGAUUUGUUUGCUUAUGUGCUUGUAGUCUGUGAGUGGGACAUUUCUCUUGACUGUGGCCAUAAAAAAAAAAAAUUGUUCCAAUUCUUACUUGUUUUGGUCUGGAGUAGUCCAGGCUGCUUAACUUACAUUUGGAUGAAGGCCUUCCAAAAACAGUAAAAAGAAAAGUUAACUGUGGCUUCUAUCACACAUGUAUCCCGAACUUGGUCAGUGUCACUCUACUUUGCUCCAGCAUUCCCCAGACAAGAUAUAAAAAAGGCAAAUACUUGACAGAGAUAUUCUUUCGUUCUGUUUCAUAUUCCGCCGUUUAAGAAGAGUACAAGUUAAGCUAUGUGGUGUUUUUUUUUUUUUUUUUUUCUUGACUUGUAGCCAGCUUGUAUUUGAAUACUUGCAGAAUGGAAUUUAAAAAGAACAAUACUCACACUAUCGAUCUGUUAUAGAGUGUAUAUUGUAUUAACAUGGAAGCCUAACUGGCUACUUUUUUAACAUAUUGUUAAGUAAUAUUAAAAAUCUUGUCUUUCUUUUUGAAAGAUAAAAUACAGUAGUGUGGCAGGAAGAUGUCUUGUGUCUUUUGAAUGUUAUUCCUUUUUAUUUUUAUAAAGAAAUGUUUCACCACUGCAUUUGCUCACUGAAAUAUGUGAAGGUGAGUUGGCAGGUGUCGUGAGAUUCUUUUAUCAUCAUCUAGGGAAAAUAAGGUGGCUUUGAACAUUGAACACGGCCAACUUGAAUGUAAAAUGUAGAAAGGAUAUUUUUGCUAACCCAUUUGGUUUAUUUUUUGGGGCUUUUUAUUUUCAGACCACAAUAAUCAUAAUUGAUUUACAGUUUAUAACAUGCACAUGAAAUAGUGUUUUAAUUUAUCUGAAAAAAAAAGAAUACUUUUGAAUUUGGAAGAUGAAGAAAAAAAUCAUGUUAAUUUUCAGUUUACUGGUGUUCGACCAAUCCAAUGUAAUUCAGUAAGUUACUUGGUAGUUCGUUUUCAGUCUGAACUUUAUUCUGUGUAAAAUGUUCAUAAAAUGGAAGCAUUAUGUUCAGAAGAGUUCACAGGAGCACUCAUAUGGAAGCUGCCCUGCUGGGAGCACUACAGAAUUUGAAGUACACACUUCUAUAAAUAACAGGUAAAUAAGUCCACAGAUAAAUACUGAAUUGCAGUCAUAAAUGCCUGCCAUCUAUAUUGCUGCUUUUACUACAUGUCAUUGGAAGCAACCUGUUGUUUCUUUAGAAAUAACAGCAAAGAUGAACACUUGUUAGUUCACAUAUCAAAUACAAGGAUUUUAUAUUAU